CUGCAAGUAUUUUGCCGUGUAAGGAAUAUAAGAGAAUGUGAUUGGUUGAUGUGUUAGUUAAUCUGUUAAGCACCCAUGUGAGAGUUUGUUACGAGGUUAAAAAGUUAUUUAUUUGGUUAGCCUAGUCAGCAGCCGAUAUAUAAUUUGUGAGGAAGCAAAUUAUCAAUUUAUCAAUUCACUCUUUUCCCUCAAACAUUUUCUUCCUCGUCUUUUUCUUCUUCUCAUGUUGAAGCAAUCUUAAAUGGCUUACCUAAGGAAUACACUUAGUUUAUUAAAUCAUUACUCUAAACUUGUAUCCAUUGGAGAACUUGAAGCCUUACUCAUGGCACAUGAAGAACUACUCAAAAAGUGCAAGAAACAUGAUAAUUUUAUUCAAGCUCAUGUAUCAAACAUCUCAUUAGUCAUUACCACAUUCAUGGUGGUAUCCGUGGUGGAAGUAGCUUUUAUUGUGGCAGAGGAGGAGCCAGAUUUGCUCAAGGAGGUAGAAUGGUGCAUCCUCAGAUUUGCUCGUGUUGGUAUGACUCUGGUUAUGAAGCACACACUCUAAAAACAACCUCAGUUUCUCACCACCUUAGGGAUAAUCUCUCAUAUUCCAAUGCCUUGACGCAGAAUGAAGCUGAUUUUGCCAUGCCUUCAGUGCUUAGAGAUCGGAAUUGGUAUCCAAAUUCAGGAGCUACUCAUCAUAUGUUUUCUGAUGCGUUGAACUUUAUAGACAAAUCAAAUAGGCGUUGAGCUUUCAGAUGCCUAUACUUUCCUUAUAUUAGGCCUCACAAUGCUCAUAAAAUUGAUGAUAGGUCUGAAUUGUGUGCUUUUCUUGGAUAUGGAAUUCAGUACAAAAGGUGAUAGAUGUCUAACUGCAGCUUGGAAAACAAUCAUUAGCAGACAUGUGUUCUUCGACAAGACCAAGAGUCUACUCCAAACUAGCUUUCCUUCCUCAAAAAAAAUGUCUCAAUCAUGAAUGAGCUGCCUCAGUUGCCUAUCCUUCAAGUUCUUGUUCAAACCGUGAUGCUUCAACGAUGGCUGAGUCUGAGCAGCAAUAUGCUAUCAUGCAUCUCUGUCAACCCUACUCACCCAAUGAUAACGCGAUCAAAUAAUGAAAUUUUAAAACCAAAACUGUUUCAAGCUCAGCUAACAACUAGUCUUGAACUAAAGAGUUAUAAAGAAGCACUUACAAUACCUCACUGGAAACAAGCCAAGAAAUUGAGCAUCCUACAAUUUAAUAUCACCAUCCUUAGGUUGCAGAUUCUAUUUCUGAUAUAUGUCAAAGCAACAUAACACACACCUCGGAGUCAGAGGUUAUGCAUAUUCUUAUCCAAUAAUUGGUAAGUUUUCUUAGGUUUUUGGGUCAUAUAUAUGUAAUUUUGGUCACUUCUCAUUACACGGUUGGAGUUAUGAACUCCAAAAGACAAAUUUUAUAUUUUAUGUAAUUUUGGUCACACUGCUCAUUAUAGGUUUGUAUGUACUGUCAAUCAUAGGCAGAGUCCUUUAAUCUUCUUACUUUGGAAUAUGGAACCUUUGCUUUAGAUGAAUGAAAAUUUACAGCUGAAUCUGAUCCAAGUAAAAUAAAUUUCCGCAUAAUGUUUUUUGGCUGCAUCAACCUGGAAUUGAGUUAACAUAUAUAUACACCUUCAGGCGGCAGCAUAGUCACAAAGGUAUCUAUAUAUUAAAUAAUUAAACAUAGUGACAAGUUAAUUGUCUUCAUGUUAGAUCAGAUAAAAUUGAAUUCUACCUAUACUUGAGGUACUUGCAUAGAUGAUUACGACAUUUCUUUAUUAAUCACUCUUAACUUCUUUGGGGUUUUCUUCUCGUCCCUAGUUACUGCUAUGGAAUAAAAGAAGCCGCCUCAGUAAACGAGUGAUUAAUGCAAGCUGUAUUAGGCUUAUAUAAAUUAUAAUAUGUGCUUCUUCUCAAAGAUAUAAUCACUCCUCUACCUUCCUCAACAAGGAUCAAAUUAAACCAUUAAUGACUACAAUGGUUAUGCUUCGAUUUCUAUUUCAUAUAAUCAUCAUCAUGCAUCUAUUAUUGGCAAGUGGAAAAUUGGAUUUGCAAUUUUUGCAUGACCCAAUCAUGGCACAACCUGGGUGUGAUUUAACGUGUGGAGAUGUUGAGAUCCCUUACCCAUUUGGAAUGAAGGAUCCAAAAUGCUAUGCAGAGGAGUGGUUCCAAAUAGAAUGCAAGAGUAACCACACACCAUACCUCAAGCUUAUAAACCUUGAAGUGACAGCCAUUGACGUUAACAUUAGCACCGUUGAAGUCAAGAAUCCAGUUUUCCAUAGGAAGUGUCACGAUGGAGGCAGAGAUUCUUCUCUCUCUCGUCCCAAACCAACCAUAGAAGAUCCUGCAGGUAUUUCUUUGAGAGGUAGCCCCUUUGUGUAUUCCAACAAGCGCAACACAUUCGUAGCUUUCGGUUGCAACAUUCUUGGAUUCUUGCACUCUAACCGUUCAGUAGUCGCCGGCUGCGUGUCAGUUUGCGGUCCAAAAGAGUUCACAAGACUCAAGAAAUUGGUUGCCAGUGGAAAAAAGGUUAAUCUUGGUUGCCAUGGAAAGUUCUGUUGUGUUGCUUCAAUACCAAGUCAUCUAUCAGAGUACGAGGUGACAAUGGAAGAUAUAAGAAAUGGAAGCAUUGCUCCUGGGUGCGACGACUAUGCGCUGAUAGCAAAAAAAUGGAGAGAGGAAUUAACAUGGAUGGUGAAUCAGAAAGAGAGUGAACUCAAGAAGAAUGUGAGUCACUAUGCACAUGCUGUGCUGGAGUUUGAGAUUCUGAAUUGGAUCAACAUUGAAGCAACUAAUGCAGAAUGUCUUAAGACUAAUGUGACGUCCUCAAAAAUGGAGCACUCAGGUUGGAGAUGCAAAUGCAGAGUAGGAUUCCAUGGGAACCCAUACAUUGCUGGUGGCUGUGUAGUUAUUCGAGACCGUUGGUACCAUUCCGAAGGAACUCCCACAAAAGAGCUUAUGGUUGUUUAUUUAUUGUUGUGUGACAAAUGUAUAGGACUUUUGUCAAGCCUCGGAUCCAUUAUUUUAUUGCUGGGUCUAAGGUGGCUCUAUGAAGUUGAAAGGAAAAGAAUAGCGAAAAAAAGCAGAGAAAGUUUCUUCAAAAAGAAUGGUGGUGUGUUGUUAGAAAAGGUAUUGUCUUCUAGUGAAGGUAGUUUUGAUAAAUUUAAACUUUUCAGCUUAAAGGAAUUAGAGAAGGCCACAAACCACUUUAAUGUGAACCGGAUACUUGGAAAUGGAGGUGAAGGUACUGUUUACAAGGGCAUGCUACUAGAUGGUAAAAUUGUGGCUGUCAAGAAGUUUAAGGUCCAAGGAAAGAUAGAACAAUUCAUCAAUGAAUUUGCUAUUCUUUCGCAAAUUGACCACAGAAAUGUGGUUAAACUGUUGGGGUGUUGUUUGGAAACAGAGAUUCCUCUGCUUGUUUAUGAAUUCAUUCCCAAUGGGACCCUUUUCCAAUAUUUGCAUGACCAAGAUGCAUAUCUACCAAUGACAUGGGAAAUGCGUUUAAAGAUUGCCAUUGAAGUUGCAGGAGCUCUAUUCUAUUUACAUUCAGCGGCUUCUAAGCCCAUUUAUCAUAGAGAUAUUAAAUCGACCAAUAUAUUAUUGGAUGAAAAGUACAAUGCAAAGGUGGCUGAUUUUGGAACAUCCAAAAUGAUUGCUAUUGAAGACACACACCUCACCACAUUAGUUAAAGGAACUUUCGGAUACUUGGAUCCUGAAUAUUUUCACACUAGUCAAUUUACAGACAAGAGUGAUGUUUAUAGUUUCGGAGUAGUUCUUGUUGAACUUUUAACAGGGCAAAAGCCGGUUUCCUUUGUUGCCCCGGAUGAGGCGCAAAAUUUAGCAUCAUACUUUAUUUUGUGCAUGGAGGAAAAACGUGUGUUUGACAUCAUUGACAAAAGAAUCAUGUGGGAAGGAAGGAGAAAGCAUAUCAAUGCAGUUGCCAAGCUUGCCAAAAGAUGUUUAGACCUGAAAGGUAUUAAGCGGCCUAGUAUGAAGGAAGUCUCAAUGCAAUUAUAUGGUAUCUGGGAGUUGCAAAGGAAUUCUAGAGCAUAAAAGCCCAUGAAGAGACUUAGCUCACUGAUGGUGAUUACUGACCAAUCCUACAUAUAGGUUAAAUUCUUGACCAAUUCUUGCUAAGGAAUUCUGGGAGUUGAAUGUCAUAAAAUGAUUGGCACAUUUUUGCAAUUUGUUUUGUCACAAGAACAUGAGGUGGAAUGUAUAUACAAGGAUGGGAAUAACAAACUAAAACUGUUAGUUAAUACCCUCCAUCAAUUCAAAAUAACUCUUCCUAUCAAACUUCUUAGAUCAAUCUACACAAGAUGCAAUUGUAUCAAAAUAUAUUAGUUCAACUAUGUAGAUAUUGUUAGU